CUUUUUUUCGGCCUUUUCCAGUGUGAAGUCUGUCGCAAGCAAUCUCCUUUGCUUGCGUGAAGCUCUCGAGACGCCGCGCCGCUGCGGCGCUCGACAUGCGCUGCCACAGCCUCAGAUCCUGUCUCACUUUUCUCAAGUGCUGGACCUUGACUUCAACUUUCUCCAGCGUUUCUGCCCACAGCUUUCUCCUAGUUUUUCUGUGAGUCUUCCUCCUCACUCUGGUCAACAAACUGGAUCUUCUCGGACAAGAAGAAACAUCUUCUGCCUCGCCUCCUGACCCCCCUGUCAGGCGGCCGGAGCCUCGCAGUUCGCCGCGCUUUUCUCAGGUUCCGCCGUUGUCCUUCUUUUUCCUUUUUGUUCGUAUUUUUCGCCACGCCGCUUCACCCUUCUUCUCCUCUGCUUCAGGUUUGUCGCUGGGCGAAGCUGACACUCGAGCACUUGCGUGGAAUCCGAGCUUCCUGGCCUCUGCCGAUUCAACCUGAGAGAAUCACCGCCGUUCGCUUCUUCCUUCUGGUCGUCUUUCUCCCGCUUUUCCCCGUCUCUGUGCAGCCCAGCGUCUCUCUCUGCGUUUCUCGCGGUCGCGCUGUCGGUUGUCGCGUAGAAUCUGCACGUAGAAGACACACUGGAGACGCUCUCCGGUCCGAGGCUCGCGCGGCGUCGCUUGCUUCAUCGAUAGUCCCCGUCCCCCUCGCAAGAGCGGCUUCCCGCUCAGUCCAACGAGCAGGCGCUUCACGCAACGCGUUCGGGUGUAUGUCCACGCCGACUCCCAGGGAGUCUGUCCUGGGCAGGUCCGCCGCAGGGCCUUCCAGGAAAGUCUCCAGAAACGUUCGACUUUGCGGUUGAACAGAUCCCGACCGCGUCACACAGAGCCGCGAACCAUCUUUGCUGAGAUACGCUUCCCCGUUUUCCUCUGCGUCUGCUGGAACCAACGCGGUGCACCUCACAGCGAGGAGAGGGAGGGCGUUCCUAAGGUUCGCGGGGACGACGCGCUUCGUCUGCGAAGUCUCAGAUCCGCAGAACGCGACCGAGACAAGAACGCGCGUUCGAGGCCGAGCUCCGCAAGGUGGAACUGUCUCUCGUUUUGAGGGCAGGCGUCCCUUUGGCGAGCUGGUGGAGGAAGGUCGUGGGCAGAAAGCAGCGGAGCUCCCUUUCCUUUGCGUCUGAGAGGAGCGAUGGACGCUGCAAAUGAGAGAGAGGAAACUGUCGAUUGCUCACGCAGCAACUCGCGAGAAACGCCGAGAAGCGCCUCGGCCCAGGAAGCGAGUCGAGACGCCGAGGGGGAGUCUGCAGAGAGAGAGGGGAGAGAGGGGAGAGAGGAGAGAGAGGGGAGAGAGGAGAGAGAGGAGAGAGAGGGGAGAGAGGGAGAAGAACAGAGACAGGUGCAUUCGAGCGCGGAGCAAGAGAGAAAAUGCACAAGUGACAGACCUGCGCCACACAAGGCCUCUCCCGAAGCCUCUGCACUCGCCCAGACAGAGAACGGAGAAAGGAUGCGAGACUCAGAAAGAAGAAGCCGUUCGGAAGCAGACGAUCGGAGAGGCGAAACGAGACACCACGGUGACGGAAGGGAAGAAGAACACGAAGAAGCAAAACAAGCAGCACAGGAAGCAAAGGAAGCAAAAAAAGAACUUGGAUUUUCAGACGCCCCAUUUGUGCAAGUCCAGGACUGGCUGCCACAGCGGGAACACACUCGCGGUUAUGAAAGAAAUGAAGAAGAGGAAGAAGACGAAGGAGAAGAUGACGAGGAAGGAGAGAUGGAGGAUAAAGAAGAGACGCCCAAGUCUCGGUCGACAGUCCAAAUUGUUCAGAGAAGGAAGGAGGAAUGCUACUGCGUUACGGAGGUCGACUACAUUCCGCGUUUCUGGACGACCGAUCUGGUGUGUUACUUCACCAACAGGCCGAAAGUUGUUCUCCUCAUCAAGCGCAUCAGCUCGCCUUCUGUGACGCGAGAGGCUGCUUCGCUGGCUAUGUACAUGCAUCGCGACCUGGGUCUGACAGUCAUCGUUGAACCGUCGGCCGCGGAGGAAAUGGCAGCUGCAACUCGAAACGCCAUUCCCCUCAAGACCUGGGUCGACAGCGCCUGCAGUCCACGGCAAGAAGAAGACUCUAGCCGGACGUCUUCUUCGGUCUUUUCUCCUGCCUCUGCUUGGUCAAGAACGUCUCCGUCUCCUCGUUCCGCCCCCUCUGUGCACCUUUCUCCUUUCGUCCCUGCAUCCCCUUCUCAUGCUUCCUCUUCUUCGUCUUCGUCGUCUUGUCUUCCGUCCUCCUCUUCCGCUUCUUCCUGUUCGUUUUCUCAGCGAGAUUCAGGAGCUGGUUCGAUCCCUCCCCCUGACGCGUCUGCCUCUGCCUCUGCGUGUGAGGGCGCUCGCUGGCCGGGUGCUUCUACGUCUGCGAGGCGACGGCGAACGCGCAAAAGGUCGUCUUCUCCAGGACCGCCUGCGCAUUUGAGCGAGGCCGUCGACCUCGUCGUCGCUCUGGGCGGAGAUGGAACGAUGCUUUGGGUCUCGCGGCUCUUCGCAGCCAGUGUGCCGCCGGUCCUCGGCGUCUCCAUGGGCAGUCUGGGCUACUUGACGCGCUUCUCGCUCGAGGAGGCGCGCCGGCAGCUGGCGGAAAUGACAGUCCGGAAGGAAUUCUCCGUCAACCUCAGAUGCAGACUCAAGGUCUGUCUGCUCUCGGCGGAGGAGGUGGUGUUGGAGUCGUUUGUGGCGUUCAACGAGUGCGUCAUUGACCGAGGAUUUUCUUCGAAUCUCUGCAGCCUAGACGUCUACUGCAACGACUGUUUCUUCACCACCGUCGCCGCCGAUGGACUGAUCCUCGCGACUCCAACAGGUUCGACGGCGUACUCGAUGUCCGCUGGCGGAUCGAUGGUGCAUCCCAAGGUUCCGUGUAUUUUAUUCACCCCCAUUUGUCCGCAUUCUCUUUCGUUUCGUCCUCUGAUUCUCCCCGACUCUGUCGUUCUACGAAUCGUCGCGCCUGAGGACGCCCGCGGAUCGAUUUGGAUAGCGGUAGAUGGUCGGUCGCGAACGCAGGUGAAGCGCGGUGUCUCCGUCCUCGUUUCUCUCUCUGCCUUCCCAUUUCCAAUGGUCGCGCGGCACCCGGCUUCGUGUCAAGACACCUGGCUGGAGUCUCUGAAAAAAGGUCUCAACUGGAAUUUGCGAAUUCGCCAAGGUGGUCUCGGCGGCUCUGGGGAAAGCCCCGAAAGCCUUUCCUGCCGUAGCCGAUGGCGCGCAGGAGGCCGAGAGUCGCACGAGAAGCGAGAAGUCGAGGAAAGUGAAAGUCAGUCAUCAAGCGACGAGUCGAACCAACUUUCGCCGCGACAAUGCGGAGUGCACUGCCCACGAACAAGAAGCUCCUCGCGCCUCUCGGAGGUCGCCACUUCCUCUUUGCUUCGAGGACCUUUACAUGCGUUUGAAGAGGGGGAAAGACGGCUUCUGUCGACGUCUUCUGCGUCUUGCUUCGCCGAGUCGUUCUCGCCUCCUCCGUCGACGCGAUCGGCUUCGCUGCCUUCUGGGGCUGCGGCCUCUCAAGGCUGUGCGUCCUCAGAGACUCCUUCGACUGUCGCAUUGCAGCCAGCGCCAGGGGGAGAACCGAGCAAACGGACAUGUUUUGACGCGGCUGGAAGACAUGAAACGAGCGAAGAAGCGACAGAGACGAGACCGGGCCGAGAGCGCCAGCACGACGGCAUGUCUGGCAAAGACUGUGUUCCUCUUGCGUCCUCCGGUGUCGAUCCAAGCAGGUCGUCAUAUCGUCCUGCGCCUCCUCGCCGCCCUCCUUCUCCUUGUUCCUGUUCUUCCUGUCUCUCCUGCUCUUCUGCAGCGUCUCUACUCGCCUCUCCCCUCCCGCCACAGCAACCUCCGAGCCGACGACGCGCCGACGUCCAGAGAGAGGUUCACCGUUCUCCCUGCGCCUCCGGCUCUGCCUCCCGCGCUCCGAGUCUCUGUCGCUCUCGCGAUUCGCGGCGACAUGAGGACGUGAGUCCAGAAAAGUCGAAAGACGCCUGUGAGUGCGGUGGAGCUGAAUCACGACUUGCGGGGGUUGUUUGGAGAGGUCGAGAGCGGGGGACGCGUGACGGGGACAGUCUGGCUUUCUCUGCGGCUCCUGGGGAUCUGGGCGCGGGGGCAGAGAGACCGCAGGCUCCGUCGAGUGUCGCGCGUUCUGCCUCGUGCUCUGAGCAGCAGACGUGGACGGGGAGUCCUUCAAGGAGCCUGCCAUCUUCUUCUCGGCGUGAGGGGCCGAGGCUGGCCAAGCAGCGCUCUCCCGAGGUUCUCAGGGGUCCUGUUCUCCGCGUUUCGUCGCUGCAGUCGUGCUCGCCAGAAAGUCCGGAAAGCCUCCUCUGGGCCUCGGAGCCUGUAAAGGCCCUCAGCCGAACUGUGUGCAGUUUCAGGUUCAGUCAGGAUUACAAGCGAGAGCACGCAGGCGACGAAACCGAAGAAGAAGAGCUGGAAGGAGGAGAAGCUGGAGAGGGUAGCGAGGUUGACUGGAGAGGUCGAGCGAGAGGUCGCGAGUGCAGGGCGGAGCGCGGAGGUGAGCGGGUGUGGUUGGACGCAGACGAUUCGGCGAGAGAGGGGAGAAGAAGCGGCGAAGAGGGUGGAGAACGAGACAGGUCGGAUGGCGAGGAUGCGCUGAAAAGGAGGGACCCAGCCGCUUUGCUCUGCGUUCACUGCUCGGUCGUUCGCCAGCGAGGUCGCUGCCUUCCCCUCGCCGAGUGGAGUCGACACCAGGUAAAUCACCAUCGUGUGCACCGCGUCAUUUCCUACGGAGAAGAAGGAGAAAUCAGCCGAAGAAGACAUCGAACGAGCAGACAGGAGAGCGAAUGGGCAGAGAGAGAAGACGGUGCGUGGCGAGAAGAAGGAGAUCCGAGAGAGGACGCAGAACCCAGCGAAGAAGGAUGUUCAAGACGGCCGAGACGCAGUAAAGAUGGCGGAGAGACAGCGAGGAAAGCGGAGAGGCGAAGAGCGGGAGAAAGAACCGAAAAGAAGACAAGGGACAUGGAAAAAGCGGCUGGGGAACGACGAAGCGGCCAAGGUGUCGAGGAGACGCGCCUUCCUCGCACUUCUUCCGAGGACUCAAAGCAAGAUCUGAGAGGUUCUCUGAAGACACAAGAAAAGAAUGGAGAGCGAGAGACAGAGACCAGGCACUCGCCGAGCGAAUGCGUGAAGCAAGAACAAGAAGCUGAAGGGCAUCCAAGAGAAACAUGGUCUUUGGAGGAACAGGAACGAAGCGAAUUGACCAUCUACAGAUGCGACAGAAAGGCCGUGUAUCAGCACAACACGACGAGAAUUCCCGACGCCCCUGCCUCCGAGCCAAGAGGAAACAGGCAAGACGUGGAGACUCGAAAUGGCCUGGAACUGCCGAGUUCAACGUUUUUCACAGAAGGUCAGUGUCUUGUGCCGGGGGCGCAGGAGGACUGGGGAGGCAGGUUCGACGCAACGCGGGUCUCAGAAGAAGUUUUCACACGCAGAGCAAUCCUGAGAGAAACGAGACAGAGCCGCCGAGCAUCGGAAGCCGGAAGACACUCUGCAGAGAGAACAGCCGUCUCGCUGGACACGGACGAGCAAGAAGAGAAAACAGAAAGGGCCGAGAGCAAGGAGAGCAGGGAGACGAAGGAGCAGAGUCAGAAAGCGUCUCUGACGGUGGGAGAGAGAGCAGAGGUUUCGCUAUCGCCACGGUCCUCUCAGGUUGAGAAGGCCGUGAUUGAAAAGCUGGAGCCGGGGAGUGAAGAGGAACUCCAAAGCGUCUUGUCGGAUGAGGAACGGAGAGAGACAACAGACACUGGAGCAGAGAGUCAGCAAGCCGCGGACGUUCGAGAACAAGAGGGACGUCCAAGCUUGGAAUGUGACGACGAAAGAGCGGACGAGGCGCGGGGUCUCGCGACCCUGAGCAGGUGGCGAGUCGAUCAAAGCGACCUGCCGAGAAAAGAAAACAGUUCCUCUGUCCUGAGGGAGGCUUCACUUUCUGUCACUUCUUCGUCCUCGUCGAGUGCGUCUUCGUCCUCACCUGCUGUCGCCUCACCUGCUUUCGCGUCGCUGCCGUCGCCGUCGCCUGUUUCUCUUUCGUCGAAAGAACGCCGUAUCCCUCACGACCCCACGAACGCUCCAGAGACACCGCUGGCCGCGAAGGCGUCAGACUUGCAGAAGGCUGCAGAGGCCCGCGGAUGCGCAGAGUGUCUCUCUGCAAAGGUGAACGCGACACGAUCAACGCCUAAGGUUAUCAGUUCUUCAACUGCUGCGCCUGGCAACGACGGUGCUUCAUCCCGAGGUGGAUCUCGGUCUUUGUUCAAGUCUUCGUCUACGUCUUUCUCCCAGUCCUCUUCUCCGUCUCUCUCUCGGGCGUCACUUGAUUCUUCGUCUCGAUCUUCCUCUGAGUCCGUGUAUCGUUCUGCACCUUCCUGUCCGCCCUGGUCAUCUUCGCUGUGUGCGCAAGGGCGUUUCGGCGAACGAGAGCGAACCGUCGGAUCCGACUCUCCCGCGCCUGUCACCGAACGCCUGCCUGCUCUUCGUUCGCUGUCCCCGAAGGUGAGGGGUGAAACCCCACAGAAAGGAGACACCUCGCCCUGUCGGAGCGGGAACGCCUUGCUCGGUGUGCUUGCACGAGGGGGGAGCGAGGCUUCACUUCGGUCGUCGUUCUCAAGUCCACCGAGACAGCAGUCGUUCUCCAGGGAGUGUUUUUCCCAUCAGCUUUCCGAGGACUUGUGUGUCGGAGGAAAAGCGAAGUCUCACUUUACGGAAAAAGAGGAGUCCUUGCUUCCUGCAAUCGACGCUGGGGCAAGCAGGCCGCUGUCCGACGGCCCCCGUGCGUUUUCCGAUUCUCUCCCCGCUUCCUCGACCGCAAGAUCGUUCCUCGGAGUUUCGGCGCCUGCGGACGCCCCACGGAACGCCGGUCUUCUCGCGAGCUCUUCCUUCUGUCCAAAGUUCUGUUCCACGUCACCUCAGCAGCCGCCCAGUGUCUCUGCGCCUCCCUCGCCGGAGUUCGCUCUGCUCACGGCCAGCAGCUUGCCGCCGAAUCUGAGCUUCUCUGCGUCUUCUCCCUCGUCGUUUUCGGGAUCUCGAUGUCUGGAUCCGAGCGAGGAGAGGCCGCCGUGGCUCGCGUCCCCACAAGCACAGAAGCCGGCUCUGCCUCGCUGCGCUUUCAGCGCUGGCGCCCUUCUCGCGGCCUUCCCAGAAGAGGAGCAAAGCCGCAUGGAGCAAGUGGAAGAAGGCGACAAUAAUCUGGGAUCUGUAGGAAAGCGGCCCUGGAGGCGACUCGGCUACAGAGAGGGAAGAAUCUGGUCAGAAACCGGACGGAUGAGACAAACGACUGGGGUCACUCGACCCCUCUGCGUGGAGCCCAGAAGCAGUGGAAGUCGCGGCGGCAAGUCCCGAAAGUCUUCGGUCUUCAUGCUCCCCACUGGCGAGUGCACAACGAUGGUUCGUCUGGUGUCGCGGUCGGGGAGGAAAUCUUCGGAGGUCUUUCGAGAUGUGCAAGAUUUGAGUUCGUUUUCGUCUGCCUCGACCCCGCUGGUGAGUCCAGCAGAAAGUCCUUUGUUGUCUACAACGCCUCGAGGCGCUCAUGGAAACCCAUGUCGAUCCAGGAGACAACUACCGCAGGAGUCUUCCACCGGGGACUCUUCGGUGCCCCCCCACGCGUCAAGGCCCACUCAGAAAUAGUAGACCUUUUUUCACGUUCAGUGAAGACAACAGUUAGUCUAGAGAACGGGACAGUGAAGAGCAUGUGUCUGCGUAGGAAGUCGUGGUAAAUCAGUUUACCCUAAAUCCUAAAAGUGCUCUUCGCGGUCGAUUUGAGGGGCAGUAACAGGGAAGCCGCCUUGCGGCAAGGAGGCGCGAGCGAUGGUGUGAUUUGCGUCAAAAAAGAGAAAGAGGGGAACAGGCAGACACGAGGUCAAUGGGGACUCAGGCAAAGCAUGUGUAGCUGGUGCAGACAGAGACCGAGGCGCAGUUAACAUUCGGGUGCUCUAUCUCUGAUAGGAAAGAACCGGAGGAGGAGACGUUGUUGUCAGUGUGAGACGCCUCGAAACAACAAUACGCACUGGCAGUGCACAACUCUAAAAUGGAAAAACGUUUUAUUCUCAGAGAUGUAACCUCUUCUGAGUGGUGGAGGGUGCAGACUUGUAGAAAACAGUCCGUGUUCCAGGCGUCAGUCAGCUGCAUGCUUUGCUCCCAAGUCGUGCGGAGAGUCUACGGCUAAAGCAAGGAGCAAUUUGGAAAUGGGUUCGGCAUUUUUGAACGCCAUUUGACGGGAAAAGUCAGUGCCUCUCGGAUUUGGAGUGAAUCGGUCUUGGCCUCUGUUCGGCAAAAGCAGGCGGAUUUCGUGUUCUGCACAGGGUGAAAGGGAACAGUGUUGUUUCCGAAAUGCAGCAUCCAGUAUACUUUGUUUUUCCUGCUGUUGCCUCCCGUUUUUCGUUUGGAGGAAACGCUCCUUUCUCUCGAUUCACAUUUUGGGUUUCGGUGACAUCCCAGUGGACGGCCACACCGGGAUAUCUUUCUCAUUCAGCAUCGCGGGGUCAGCUGUCUCUUACCAGUCGAGACCCACUUCAGCAUUUGCUACGUGUGGUACAAACUGUUCUAUUCUCCCGUUGCGUGCUAACAGCCUCAGAUAGUGGUCGUCGCACGCGCGUUUCUGCAUCCUCCAUGUCACAUGGAUUUAUUCCGCGCUUACCAUGCUGAACGAACCGCUGGAGUAAUUACAACGUUCAAUCCGUG